UCCGUCUAUGUUAGUUUGUGUUUUGAUUUUGACGUGAGUGGAACGUAGGUUAUCUUCAAAAUAACCUUCAUUUUUGCAUUACCAUUUUUGGACACAAGAAUUUCCAUCUGUUUUUUAGUCUUGUAAAAAUAGCGAUCACGUUUUCGUACGAGACAGUAUUGAUAGUGUGUGAAUUUGUUUCAUCAGAUUGGUGAUUUGUUUACGAAACAUGAAUACGUUCUUUUGUUGACUUUCUCGCGUCCACAAAAAUUUAAGCUUUUUCCAAGAUGCUGGCUAAUGGUCAAAUUGUGGGAGAUGGAUCCUGGAAUCUCCGUGUGCUUGUUACCGAUUUGCAAACAGAACGUCCCAUUCGAGUCAAGGGGGACCUCCACAUUGGUGGAGUCAUGCUCAGGCUUGUGGAGGAACUUGAAAUCUCCAUCGACUGGUCGGACCACGCCCUCUGGUGGCCGGAACAGAACAAAUGGCUGACGAAGACGCGUCUGACGCUCGACCAGUGCGGCGUCCAGGCCGACGCCUACCUCCACUUCACCCCCAUGCACAAGAAUCUCCGCGUCCAACUGCCGGACCUUAGGACGCUCGACGUCAAGGUCGACUUCUCGGUCAAGGUGUUCAGGACGGUGGUGCAGCUGUGCAAGGACCUAGGCAUCAGGCAUCCGGAGGAACUGUCGUUCUGCAAGCCGCUCGAGGCGCACCACCUCAAGUGCAACUACAAGGAGUGGCCGAAGAGGAACAAGUCGGAGAACGGGGUGCACAAGAACGGGGGCGGCGCGCACCAUCUGGCGCCCGACACGAACACGUUCAUAGCGAACAGCAGUCCCGGGGGCAGCACGGGGAGUCUGGACAAGCCGCCGUUCCUGUGCGCGCCCAUAACGCCCCAAAGGGGGGUGCAGUCGUCUACUCCGAUCAACAGUCCCUCGGGAAACGGUACAUUGGGUUGGAGAAACGACCACUUCACCAGCCUCAACGGAUCGUACAUGAAUAACAGCGACAGUUCGGAAUUCUUGAACGGUACCUUCGACAGUUCCCUGGCCCAGAGUCCGGCCUCCAUAAGCAGCGAAGCCAGGAAGACGCUGGUGAGGCCUAAAUCGCUGGUCGAAAAGGCUAGGAUGAACGUGGCAUGGUUGGACUCUUCGUUAUCGAUAAUGGAACAGGGCGUCCAAGAGUUCGGGUUCUUGUGUCUCAGGUUCAAAUUUUAUGACUUUUACGAUUUGAACCCGAAAUACGACGCCGUUAGGAUAAAUCAAAUAUACGAACAGGCCAAAUGGCAACUUUUGAAUGAGGAAAUCGAUUGUACGGAGGAAGAAAUGCUGAUGUUCGCUGCUUUACAGCUGCAAAUCAACCGACAGGCGAACCAACCGCAACCGAACAGCGACAACGGAAGCGUCAUCACGCCCGGCGAAGACGACAUAGACGCCGCCCUGACCGAGCUAGAGACCACCCUCGAAGGUUCGGCGAUCAGCAAUAACGCCAACGAUAUCACCCAAGUGCCAGAAUUACACGACGAAUUGAGAUUUUUGAAGCCAAAGCGUUUUACCCUGAAAGGAUACAAGAAAUACUGGUUCACGUGUAGAGACCUACAUUUGUACCUGCACAAGAGCAAGGAAGAAAUGAUCCACAGGACGAGUCCGGCCUACACGAUCAACCUGAGGGGUUGCGAGGUCACCCCCGACGUCAACAUAAGCCAGCAGAAAUACGGGAUCAAGUUGGAGGUGGCCAGUUCGGAAGGGAUGAGCGAAAUGUACAUAAGGUGUGAAAAUGAACAACAGUACGCCAAAUGGAUGGCCUGUUGCAAAUUGGCGUCCAAAGGUCGCUCCCUGGCCGACAGUUCGUACGAAGCCGAGAAGAAGACCAUCCUGGACUUCCUGCAGAUGCAGAAACCCACCGACAGUCCGGCCCUCAAUCCGAACUCCCUCAAUAUCCAGGUGGAGGAUUACAUAGCUCCGAAGUAUUUGAAAAAAUUGAAAGGAAAGCUGCUGCAUAGAAUCGUGGAAGCUCACGCGAAUGUGAAGAAUUUGCCGUUGAUUGAAGCCAAAUUGAACUAUAUAAGAGCUUGGCAAAAUUUACCGGAUUAUGGGGUUACCCUCUUCGUCGUCAAAUUUAUGGAUAGUAAAAAAGAAGAAUUGCUAGGGAUCACCCACCAUCGUAUAAUGAAAAUGGAUCUUAAUACAGGAGACCACAUCAAAACAUGGCGCUACAACACCAUGAAAGCUUGGAACGUCAACUGGGAAGUGAAGCACAUGAUGAUUCAGUUCGAAGAAGGAAGCAUCGUCUUCAGCUGUCUAUCGGCCGACUGUAAGGUCGUGCAUGAAUUCAUCGGAGGCUACAUAUUCCUCUCCACGAGAAGUAAAGAGGCCAGUCAGACACUCAACGAAGAAUUAUUCCACAAAUUAACAGGAGGAUGGUCAUAAACAAACGCUUACAAAUACUUAAGCACAGUUUUCGUGCCUUUUGAAUAAACUGACAAUGACUAAUGAUAUUCUAUUCGACAAUCUGUCCACUAUCAACUCGUUUCAUAAUUAUUGUUGAAUUUAAAAAAAAAUUGCGAAUGACGAGAAUUUCUAAUAUUUUUUGGAUGUCGGCAAUAACAGUUUUUAUUUGUUGGCGUCGUAGUUUGCGAGUUUAAAUAUUAACUUCGUUAUUCAGUUAGGUGUGCUGUAAUAAUUCUCCUUUGUGUUGUUUGUUAAUGUUAACGAAAAUGUAACGAAUUUUAUUAGCAUUUGUUAUCCAUCACAGUCUUUUAUCGAGUUGCAUAGUUUUAAUGUUGUGAUUAAUAUCAAACGAUUAGAUGCACCUAUUAUUGAUUUGCCAUCCGGAAAUUUAAAUGUUCAUUUGGACUUUAUUGAACGAAAAACCGUUUAUGAUUUUAGAUAUUAAUUGAGUAUCUAAAACGGAUAUUUAUUUUGCGAUGUCAUGUAUUUUAUUGCCUUCACCUAGGAUUAAACAGUAUGUGAAUUACUGUUAGAGACGAUAUAUUUUUACUAAGGUUUAUUAUAUUCAUAAGUGAAUUAUUAUUGUAUAAAAAUAUAAAUACAAAAUAACAAUCAAAA